AUGGCAAACCAAACACCUCAGCCGCCUCGAGAUCCACCGCCCAGUUAUUGUGCUUCGGUCAAACAUACUGAAAUGAACCCGCCGCCAUACCACAAUUGGCAGGAGGCUGUCCCUGACACAGCAACCUUCCCACCGCCACCGGUAACAGGGUUCUACUCGUCGAAUGCUGGAAAUGCCUCCAGCUAUGAUGCUGAGCGUGCUCAUGACUUUUGUGAUCGUACACCUUUAUGGACCCCCGUGAAGCCUUCCGCCGCCGUAUACAGCCAAGUGAAUAUGCAUGAUUUUCGCCCUGUACAACCCCGAGAGUUGCACGGUGGCAUUUCCUCAAUAUCCCAGGGUAUAUGGAGGGGCUUUUCUCAAGACACAAACGGUGACUGCCUCAUAUUGACAAGCUUGCCACUUUAUUUCCCCGUUGAAGAUUCUCCUUUCACGACAGAACGAAGCAAGACAAUCUACUUUGAAAUCAAACUGCUCAGCAUUGGUAUAGGCCCAGCUGGGACAGGCGAUUCCAGUGGGGUUUCCAUUGGAUUCGUGGCACAACCAUACCCAAGCUGGCGAUCACCCGGGUGGGAGAGAGGAAGCCUUGGUGUUUUUUCUGAUGAUGGAUGUCGGUUUGUGAAUGACUCGUGGGGUGGAAAGGAUUUCACAACCGAGUUCAAGGUGGGCGAGACUAUUGGAUUGGGAAUGACAUUCUCCCUUCCGGACAACGUCAGCACGGUCUCUGGUAAUGAGCCAAAAAAGCCUAAAGUCGAUGUUUUCUGUACCCGAAAUGGACAGAAAGCGGGCGGGUGGGAUCUUAAUGAGGAAACUGAUGGGGAAUCUGGGGGUGUCGAGGGUCUGGAAGGCGAUUUUGACCUGUACGGAGCUGUUGGGCUAUUUGGUGGGGUUGAGUUUGAGGUCUGCUUUGAUCCUAAAAAUUGGCUAUGGAAACGUGAAUGA